UAAAUAAUAUUAUUCCUGAAAAAGGUUUUCUACGUUUAUCUGCAAUUAGUGGAACGGGUGAUUAUGAAUGGAGUCAAUACUCACAGUCUAUUGACGAAAAUUUUACUAGUUUUCAACUUACGGUGAUUGCAACUUUAGAUGGAGGAUAUGCAAUCGUAUAUGCCAACACGACAACCAGAAAUACAACUUUUGAAUUUGCUUCAACUGCUGGAUUAUAUGUACAAAUAUUGGGUUAUAAUCAAACAUCAACGCCUAAAAGAAUUAUUUUAUAUGAAUUACCACAGAAAAAUCUAACAUUCCUUCAACUAUACUGUUCCGUGGAUUAUGUUGCUAUCGGUCAUUCAUGUAUUGUAACCGUAAAUCAUACACAAACGACUGUAAAUCAGGUCAAUACUACCGUUACAGCCACUACCACAGUGGCUGGCCCCGCCGGUACCUCAGCUGUACCGAUUGCCACCACCGUACCUCAAUCUAUUUCUUCUCAAAAUACAGACAUAUUUUACGUGAAAAUACGUUUUCUUUCCUCUGGAGCACUGUUGUCAUUAGAUCCAGUAUCUCCAUCAUCUAACAAUACACUUGGUGUGAAUGUUAAAACGUUGCCUUAUGGUGGAUAUAUAUUAUUAUCACGAGAACGUUCUAAAGUGGAUAGUGUUUCUGUAAAUUUAAAUUUUAGUCUUUUUGAUGAAGAUAAUAAACUAUCAGAUUAUAGCUUUCCGACGAAGCCUAUUGUUGCCAAUUUACUUGGUGCUAUUGAUGUAACUCAAAAUAAUACGUUUCUAGUAGCACUAAAUGAAUCAUCAUUGAAUUCUUGGAGUUUUCUUUCGGUUUCACUACCUAAACUUAAUCCAUACAAUGAUAAUGGUUAUGGUAACUUUCAUAUCUCCGAUACAUAUCCUCAAAACAAACUUGUUAAUCUAGAAUUAGGUUACAACACGAUUAACAUCACAUAUCAUGAUUCAAUUAAAUUUUCGGAUGGUGUUUUAACUAUUUAUCAAACGACUAGUGAUGGUAGUUUUCUUCGACAGGCAAUUAAUUCAAGAACUUGUGACACCAGCACUAGAUGCAAAGUUGCUGACAAAGUUGUCAUUCUUAAAGUUCUUGAUUGCACUUUCAAUGAACCGAAUGGGACAUAUUAUAUAAAAAUGGAUACUAAUUUUGUGCAGAGCGCUCAAUACGGUGAACCCAUCCUAGGGAUUGAUCCUAAUUUGUGGACUUUUCAAACAGUUAAUAGUGGCGACAGUGGAUUACAUGAUAGUAGUAUCACGGGAUCAAUACGAUUAACAAUAGAUGGAACUCGACAUUUCCAAAACAUGAGUUCCUCAGAAAAAUCCGACUUUCUCGAUGCAUUAGUAAAUGAACUCACAAUCAAGGUUCCCACAGAGAAAAAAAGAUUAAAUACCAAUCAGAAUGUUCAAUUGGAUACAUCUUCAAAAUCGAAUCUUCUUAUUUUGCUUACUAUUAAUGGUGCACAACCUGGUAAUAAAUUAUAUAGUAAUGAUGUACAGAAAAACCUAGACCAGCUAAUACGUAACAAACAAGAUACGCCUAUAUCGAUCGGAAAUUCCACUUAUUUAGAUGAUAUUUAUGGAUUUCAAACAAAUAAGCAAUUUUCGGACCUCUUUGAAGCAAAUAAAAUAAAGUUUAUAAUAGUUUUUGUAGCCAUAGCUAUAAAUUUAUUGAUAUUCUUAGUAUUCAGGUUAAGAUCACCGGAUGGAGACAACUUAAUCAUUCUUACACUUGGUCUUACCAUAUUUCGUUUCGUCUCAUAUUUGAUAUUUGUUAUUUUCGAUUCUACUGUCAUUUCAUUUCUUUAUUUACCGAGCAUAUCAUUUCUGGUGAUUCCUGUAGCAGUAAAUUUAAUUCUAUCAUUUUCAGUUUUAGUAACUGAGCGGAGUAAAGAAUUUGUCGAAUGGCUUGGAAAUUAUACAAGAGUUGCUGUUACAAUAGCAUUGUUAUCCGGCGCAAAUAUUGAUUUAUUAUCUUUAAUAAAAUCGUAUUUGAUGGAAUGGGAUUUCUUAAAUGCACCGUUGUCUAGAAAUGCAUUGAGAGUAAUUUUUUGGGGAGGUUGUGUUAACAUACUUUUGGCAGAUAUACCACAAUUAGUUAUUCAGAUAUUCUAUAUUCGUUAUAGUGUCGUAUUUGAUCCUAUUCCAGUAAUUACCUUGAUAGCAUCAGGUAUCUCAACAUUUUCCAACUUAUUAACUAAAAUAUUCAUUAGAUUUGUAGCAUAUGAAGAAUAUUUAAAAAGUCAUACAGAAAAGAUAGAUAAAAGGACUUCAGUCAUGGAUAGAAAGGCUGAAGAGAAUGAGAUUGAAAGUACUUAA